CCCAGACUCCUAGUGAAAUCGUGGUACCCUUGGAACGCCAUGUCGGGCAUGAAGUACUACGUAUCGCUGGUGUUUCAGGUGUACUACGUCUUCUUCUCGCUAACCCACGCCAACCUCCUGGACAGCCUGUUCUGCUCCUGGCUGAUAUUUGCGUGCGAGCAGUUGCAGCAUCUGAAGGAGAUCAUGAAGCCUCUGAUGGAAUUAUCUGCGACAUUAGAUACCUAUGUACCGAAGAGUGCCGAUUUAUUCAGGGCACCUAGUGCAAAUUCUCAAGACAACCUAAUAGAAAAUGACUAUAACGCAAAGAACGAUGAGAUCAACCUGAAGGGCAUAUACAGUACGAGGCAGGAACUAGGGACCAACUAUCGCAGCGGCGCCCUGCAGACGUUCGGCCAGGGGGGCGGCGGGGUAGGGCCGAACGGGCUCAGCAAGAAGCAGGAGCUGAUGGUGAGAUCGGCGAUCAAGUACUGGGUCGAGAGGCACAAGCACGUUGUGAGGCUGGUUACUGCCAUUGGAGAUGCAUAUGGUGUAGCUUUGCUUCUGCAUAUGUUGACUUCUACAGUACUGUUGACCUUACUUGCGUAUCAGGCAACAAAAAUUGAUGGAGUCAACACAUAUGCAGCUAGUGUGAUUGGUUACUUGGUUUACUCUUUGGCCCAAGUUUUCCACUUCUGCAUCUUUGGAAACAGGCUGAUCGAAGAGAGCUCUUCGGUAAUGGAGGCAGCGUACAGUUGUCAUUGGUAUGAUGGUUCAGAAGAAGCCAAGACCUUUGUUCAAAUCGUG